AUGUCAUCUAAAAGAAAGUCGCCGCCCUCUAAAUUGCAAGAAGGUGCUACCGACACAGAGAAAUCGGAAGCCGGACCAGCUGCACUGGAGUUCUCGGACCACCACGAGUCAGACGACAACGAACAUCAGAACUUCUACAAGUUCUCACCGAGUUCAUCACCAAGAACUUCCCUCAGCGAAGACGAAACCUACGAAGACGAACAGCCGAGCAAGAAACAGCGCUUUGACCAAUCAUUAGACAUGACAAAUAAUCUUCUAGUCCCAUCGUCAUUCCUCAGUCUGCAUCAAGUCAACGAUCUCCAGGCAAGAAGACGUGGCUCAUCAGAAUGCAGCAGUCCCGGCGCUGAAAAAGUGCUGGGACUUUGCAAUAAUAACAAUUCAUUGCUGAAUCACAACAGCGCGUUAUCGCUCGCACCACCGCAUAAGCGGUCUAUGGACGAUGUACUGAAAAGAUUAACGUCCAAAAUGAAUAAUAGUACUAUAAAAGAAGAGAAGAGGCCCACGCCAUCCACGACGCCUGUUAAACAGAACAAUGACAGACGAGGGGUUCUAGACGCAGCGACGCUCCAGGCUUUGCAGGCAGGAGAAAGUGUUUUGGAGAAGGAGAGGCAGCUAUCCGAGAUGAUUUUACAGCUCCAAAUGGUUCGAGAGCAACUGUUGGCCCAGCAAGAACAUAAUAAGAAUAUAGGGACGGUAUCCGCUGAGUUGGAGCUGCAAAGACUUCAGCAAGAGCAUCUCCGAAGACAAGAGCUGGUACGACGAGGUCACUCCUUGUAUCCAGCUCCUCCAUUGGCGCUGCUGCCACUUUUGGAGCAAAUGCGACCCCAACAACCUCAGCCAAACGUGGUUCAAACUUCCAACUGGCCAGCUACAGCUCAAUUGGCUCAGCUGACGGCCAGCGCUCGUUCCCCACCACCUCAAGACCCUGACGCACCACUAAACCUCAGCAAACAAAGAUCACCAUCUCCUAUGAUGAUGCCGCGCUAUGUACCCUACCCUCCAAUGGAGGAACAGUAUAUGAAGAAAGACGAUGACUUCAACAACGCUUGCAAUACAUCAUCCUGGAAUCAGUCACCGCCAGAAGAAUCCGAAAAGGCUAAGCUCAUUCGCCAACCGAAACGCGAUGAGACUGGCAAACCUCACAUCAAAAGACCAAUGAACGCUUUCAUGGUUUGGGCGAAGGAUGAGCGCCGUAAGAUUUUAAAGGCAUGCCCAGAUAUGCACAACUCUAAUAUAUCCAAAAUUUUGGGAGCAAGAUGGAAGGCCAUGUCCAACGCUGAGAAACAGCCCUACUAUGAAGAACAAUCGAGACUUUCAAAGCUUCACAUGGAAAAGCAUCCUGAUUAUAGGUACCGACCAAGACCCAAACGAACAUGCAUCGUCGACGGUAAAAAGAUGCGGAUAUCAGAGUACAAAAACCUGAUGCGUACACGCAGGCAGGAGAUGAGGCAGCUUUGGUGCAGGGAUGGAGGCAGUGAACUUAACUUCCUUCCAUCAUUGUCUAGCCCUGGGCCGUCGAAUUCCUCUCCUCCGCCGAAUGGAGGCAACUACAUGAACCCAGCAUUCUCUCCUCCCCUUAGCCCUGGCGAGGAGGAUUGA